CGAUUCGCUGUGCGCCACUUAACCCCCGCCCUAGGGUUUUCCACGCAGCUCGCUUCUCAUUUCCAUUAAGGAGGAGGAGGAGGAGAAGAAGAGGCGGAGGCGGCGGCAGCGGAGGGCGACAAUGAGCAGCGAUAAGCAACAGGACAGCCUCAACCUCGCCGAUCUCGGUUCCGCUCUGAGUGCGGAGGAUCGAGCUGGUCUUGUCGAUGCUUUGAAGAACAAGCUCCAGAGUCUGGCAGGGAAGCAUACGGAUGUCUUGGAGACGCUCAGCCCGGCGGUCAGGAAGCGCGUCGAGGUGUUGAGAGAGGUCCAGAGCCAACAUGAUGAGCUUGAGGCAAAAUUUUUUGAGGAGAGGGCUGCACUUGAAGCUAAAUACCAGAAGCUUUAUGAGCCAUUAUAUACAAAGAGAUAUGAGAUUGUAAAUGGUGUAGUCGAAGUUGAAGGUAUCAAAGAUGAAUCUCCAGAGGAAACCGGUUCUGAGGAUAAAGCUAGUGAAGAAAAAGGCGUGCCUGGCUUUUGGCUCGCUGCUAUGAAAGCAAAUGAAGUGCUAACUGAGGAGAUUCAAGAACGUGAUGAAGAAGCUCUUAAGUAUCUAAAGGAUAUAAAGUGGUGCAGAAUUGAGGAUCCUAAGGGUUUUAAACUUGAGUUUUUCUUCAAUCCUAAUCCUUUUUUCAAGAAUGCUGUUCUGACAAAAACAUACCACAUGAUUGAUGAGGAUGAACCAAUCUUAGAGAAAGCAAUUGGGACGGAGAUUGAGUGGUAUCCAGGGAAGUGCUUGACUCAGAAGAUCCUAAAAAAGAAGCCCAAGAAGGGUUCAAAAAAUGCCAAGCCCAUUACAAAAACGGAGGACUGUGAGAGCUUUUUUAACUUUUUCAAGCCUCCACAAGUACCUGAUGAUGAUGCAGAUAUUGAUGAAGAGACUGCUGAGGAAUUGCAGGGUCAGAUGGAAGUGGAUUAUGAUAUUGGGUCCACAAUUAAAGACAAGAUAAUCCCUCAUGCAGUUUCAUGGUUCACGGGGGAGGCUGUCGAAGGUGAUGAACUUGAAAUAGAGGAUGAAGAUGAGGAUGAUGAAGAAGAGGAAGAGGAAGAGGAAGAGGAUGAUGAUGAGGAUGAUGAGGACGAGGAUGAGGAUGAAGAAGACCAAACUAAGACCAAGAAGAAGUCGGCAACAGGGCAGAAGAAGAGUGGAGGGGAUCAAGCCCAACGACCAGCUGAGUGCAAACAACAGUAACAUGUUUACAAUGGAUGGAGCAUUUUCUGCGGUGUAGUGGUGGAGUUGUUGGAAUGAAUGAUCUGGUUUACUUCCUGCCAUUUUUUUUAUCUUUCUUAAAGUGAGAAGCUGCGUGGAGUCCUCGGAAUGGUCAGUUCUUAUACCCUGAUGUCUUUGAGAAUCAGGGUGGCGGAAUGAAGUUUUGUGUUCUUUAUUGUAUGGUAUUGUCCCAACAUGACAUAUUGUUUCUGUAGUUCGAUGUCUAUGGACCAGGGGGUGUGUAUGCUUGCAUUUUUUGAUGAGGAAAAUUAUGUUUUGUCUAA